AUGUCAUCGGGGAAAGUGUGGGUGGGCCCGCUGCUGUUGAUAUUACUCAUCGCCUUGAUCUACAUUUUCUCACUACUACCUCACAGCCAUCACAAGGACGUCUACGGUACCGGCCUCGACUUUAACACAGCAGAUGAGACAGGCCCGUAUCCGAUCGGAAAUCAAAGGAUGGCCGAUGAAUUAGUGAAAACCUGGAUAGUGCAGGACUGCUCCUACCAUGGAUAUCUGCGCGAAGCUGAUGGCAAGAUCGGAUGCGCAUGCUUGCAUCAGGGGCGAGAGCCGCUUUUCGAGGGACCCAGAUGCGAGUUUAGGAAAUGUAUCAACAAUGGGACACUUGUUGACGGAAAAUGCGAAUGCGUCGGCCAAUACAUGGGCGAAAACUGCGAGCUGACGUGCCAUGGUGAAGUGGAAAGAAAUGGAACUCGAGGAGCAACCUGCGAUUGCCCACCGCUUCGACUCGGGAAGUACUGCGACCAAUUCUGCGAUCCCACGAUUGCCCAGUGGGACAAUGUGAUGGGGAGGUGUAUAUGCAAGAAUACUGGUGAUGAGGCGCGUGCGAUACCACACACGCACCGCAUCGACUGCCCUGCGCUGAUUGAAAGAAGGCCGAAGGGGAUGGUCAACUCCCGUCUAACCCUCUCCGGUCUGUCGUUCUGCCUGAUCACCAUCGGCCUGCUCUGCAUCACGGCCAGAAGGAGACGCCUCACCGCCUCCUCCAUCCCGGCCUCAGACGAAACCUGGUACCGCUUUUUCCAGCCCCAGGCGGCUGGUCGAAGAUGUCGCCACGACUUCGUCUGUGGUGGGGCUUGGGUUCCGCGAGACAGAGCGCUUUUAGUUGGAACGCCUGCCAGAGCGCCCACGCAGGCGCGCAUUGCCAGGAAUAAUCGAUCAUUGACACCUCCUCCAUCAUACUGCUCAGUCGAGCUCGUCGAUGGCUCAGCUGGUGCUCCGCCUUCGUAUGAAGAAGCCGUCCAUCGCAGUCUUGCGGAAUCUGUCAUUGAUGAUGAUGUAGAAGUUGUUGAUGAGGACAAGGAGCCCCAGACGCCCCAAGGAGCGCCAGUGGCUGUGAUUGUCGCGCAGAUUGACGAAGAAGCUCCACCCCUGCCGGCCGGAAGUACGGACGAAAAUGCGAACAUAUCCACCGAGCCGAACCAC